AUGCAAAUAGCGCUCGCUCAGCAGCAACAACAAAGCGACAGACGUAUCGAACUACUCAUCGCGCAGCUCGCGCAGCGAGAUCAAGCCACCGUAAUCACACCUGCUGCGACCACAGCCAAGAGCCUCGCCGAACAAAUGGUUGCGUUCAUCUACGACCCGGACAACAAUCUGACAUUCGAAUCCUGGUACAUACGCUACCAAACAAUCUUCACAACAGAGGUAAGUGACUGGCCUACGGCUGCAAAAAUUCGACUGUUGCUACAAAAAUUCUCACAAGCCGACUAUCAGCGCUUCGCUGACUCAGUUUUACCUCAAGAGCCAACACAACUCACGCUUAAUGUCGCCGUUGAGAAAUUGAAACGAAUGUUCGGCUACCGCGAGACUAAAUUUGCAAUGCGACACAAAUGCUUCAGCUUAAAAACAGAAGACACCAAAGAUUUUACAACAUUCGCUGCUCGCAUUAACAAGCAUGGUGAAAAGUUUGAUGUCACUCACUGCACAGCCGAUGACUUCAAGGUCUUGCUCUUUGUUAGUGGUUUAAAAAAUCCGCAGGACUCGCUAAUUCUUGAGAAGCUACUCGCAAAAAUCGACGCCACCAGUGUCAAGCUUGAAGCGGCUACCGACGACGCGGGCCGCGCAGCAAUUCCGAAGCUCACACUUCAGGAUCUCGUCAACGAAGCUGAACGCCUCACCAGCCUGAAACAAGAUAAGUCAAUAGUCGGUGGAACAAUUACAACACCUGGCUCCACGGAGAUCAACGCCGUUCACAAACGCAACAACUAUAGCCGCAAAUCACGGGGCGGCAGGAAGUCGCCAACUUUCGACAACCGCAGCCUUGACGGCUCAGGCUCUCCCAGCAAUAAGAACGCAUCACAACCACCUUCGCCUUGCCGUUACUGCGGAGAGAAUCAUUGGGAGCAAGAAUGCGAAUAUCGUGACAAGAAAUGUACAACUUGCUCAGUCAUUGGCCACAAGGCCGGAUUUUGCGUUUCAGCCUUCGAAGCUGCCGUCCGUCGCUCAAGAUUUGAUCGCAAACAGCGUCGAACUUCAGAUCCCGGCCUGAAGAACAACAUUAACCAAAUUAUGAAAGGAUCCAACGCCAGCCAACGCAAGUUUGUCUCACCAAACAUCAACGGAGCACGUGUCCGCCUCCAGAUAGAUUCAGCGUCGGACAUCACCAUCAUUUCCAAAGACAACUGGGAGAGACUCGGGAAGCCCACACUCAAGCCCUGCACAAUCCAACCCGGAAGCGCAUCCGGACAUUCACUCCGUCUCUGGGGAUCUUUCCAGUGCACCAUGAGUUUCAUCGAUAAAACGGAAACCGGAACAUGCUACGUUUCAACACGCCUCAAUUUACUCGGCAUCGACUGGAUCGAGCAACUCGGACUGUGGAACGUCCCACUUGCCUCAGUCUGUAAUGCUAUAACUAUAGACUCAUCUGCCGACGACAUCACAAGCAAGGCUAAGUCAAAAUUCCCACAACUUUUCGCUGACGGACUCGGGCUAUGUACCAAAACAAAGGUUUCGCUCACUCUCAAGCCGGGCACACAAAAGAUUUUCCGCAAACAACGACCGGUUCCAUUUGCAGCAACAACCGCUGUUGAAGAGGAAAUUAAGCGUCAACAGCACCUCGGGGUUUACAAGCCAGUCACGUUCUCAGAAUUCGCAGCACCCAUCGUCGUAGUCAAGAAAAAGAAUGGUAAAACGCGCAUUUGCGGCGACUAUUCCACCGGCCUUAACGACGCUCUCGAACCAAACAAAUUUCCGUUACCAACACCGGAUCAAAUUUUCACUGCCCUCGUCGGAAAUUGUGUUUUCUCCAAAAUCGAUCUUCCGGAUGCUUUCCUCCAACUCGAGCUCGAUGAUGACGCAAAGAAGCUGCUCACAAUCAACACACACUUAGUACUCUUCUAG